AUGUCAGCGCCGCUCGGGAAGAAAGGCGGCUGGAGUCCCACCUUGAAGCCUGUGGACCCCACCGAGGUGCGUGUGAACUGCCAGCGUGGAGAGGAGCUGCUCGUUUCCGUCUCCGGGUUUCUGGCCCUGGAGCGGGCCUCUCCCCCCCGGACGGACCCGGACAGAGGCCGGGGUGGCGGUGGGCGCUGCUCCGGGGUGGGCGAGCGGGUUCAGGAAAGGCAGGGCCCCGGGGGCCUCAUUGAAGCCUCGAUGGUCUCACAGAAGCAGGACUCGGGGUGCGGGCAGGUCCUGGACAACCUUACGUCUGGGCCAGCCUGUAGUAGUUUCGUGUCACCGUCCUCGCCACUGGGGGCCUCUGUCCCAGGGACGGCCACGAGGCCAAGGGGGAGCCUGGGGGGCUCCCAGCGUCCGGGGACGGGCACUGGCUCGCAGCCCGGCGGUUGGGGCCCCAGAGGGUGGCUUCCUUGGGUUCCCGGGGCCUCUGCCCCCUGCUCCCUGCAGCACUGUCUCUGCAGGGCCACCGUUCGGUUCGGGGGAGCCGGAACCACUCCGUGGCCCCAAACGCUAAAGGCAGCUGGCGGGGGUCACUGGGGGUUAAGGUGCUCGGCCGCUGGCCGGGGGCCAGGGUCGGGCCCUCCGUCCGUCCUAGUGCACCCCAUCUGGUUUGCUCAGACCCCGUUCACACCCAGCGGAGGCCCCGUCACCGAGCUGGAGGUCAGGGAGGUGAGGGAGGGAGGCGUCUUCUCCCCCGCGGCCACCCGGCUGCUGGCCUGCGGCCCACAUCGGAGGCAAAGGAUCAGGUCUGGAGUGAGGGCUCCUCUGGGUGCCCCCUGGGCCCGGGCAGUCAGCGGAGACUGGGCAUGGCCUGGAGGCGGUGAGGCCCGGCCCUUCCCUCCUGAAGACUCCCCCGCCCUCGCGCUGGGCUGGCCUUGCCCCCCUCAAUCCCAGCCGGCCAGGCCAGCCUUCCAGGCUCUGUCUUCUUGUCCCUGGAGCUUGGCCCUGAGCCAGACGCCCCCCUCCACCUGCUGCAGAGGGGCUGCGGGGGCCUCCCUGAGGAGACGGCCCCCAGGUCGCGGUGAGGACGGGUCACCCUUCCAGGUCUGGGGGCAGUGCUGCCCUACUGUCUCUUUCCAGAAAAUCCUGAAGCCCCGUCCUCGGCCUCAGGAGUCACAGGCGUCUGAAGAAGUCGGCUGCGGGCUGGCCGGAUGGGUCGCUCCCGUGCGUGGCGUUCCUCUGCACCGGGGCCUGCGGCUACUGUCCCUCCUGGUUCAGCGUGAUGGCUCGGGACCUGGGGCCCCCCCGGCCCUCUUCCACCUCCCGCCCUCCCACGGGACACCUGGCCGGGGCCGGGCCGGGGCGCUGGCGAGGGUCCCUCGUAGCCAGAGCCGCCCGGCCGCUGGCGAGAGCACGCGGGGCAGCUGGGCCCACCGUGCUCUCCAGCCCCCGGGGUCCCUCCCCACUGCCACCCUCGGCCCCCCACGCCCCCAGUGUCACGUGAGCAGGGCUGGCUGUCCACCCGGGGCGGCAUCGGGGACCUGA